AAAUUAUUAAAAUGAAAAAUGAUGAUAGAAAUUAAGAAAUAAAUGAUUAAGAAAUAGAAAACGAGAAAUUAAGGGAAGAGAACAAAAUUUUGAACCAAGAAUUAAGCAAAGUCUAGUGUAAUUAAGAGUUUGUUUGUAUUUAAAUUAUUAACCAAAAGCUUCAUCAAAAUAUGAUCAUCGAACUGUAUGGAUUAAACUCUAAGCUUAGAAAUUUAAAAAAAAAAUAGCUAGUGAAUUAAAGUUUUGUGUUUUUUAAUAAUAACAAGUUUUAGAGAUAACAGGUCUUAUUUAAGAAAUUGGAAGAGAAAAUUAAAUUGAAUAUUAUUUAUUUUCCCAAAGAAUAAACCUACCCAAGGCAGUGACAGGUCAACCAAAAAUCAUUCAAACAGAAGAAAUUAUUGAAAUUAUCUAUGAAGUUUAAAAACCUAAUUGAUUUUUAUUUUUUUUGCAAG